AGAUCUAUGUGAAGCAGCAGGAUCAUGUGAGAGGGACAUCUUCUGACUUUCAGGUGGCUAAGAUGAGCCUGAUAGACUUAGCAGGCUCUGAACGAGCUUCUGUAGCGAACACCAAAGGAGAGAGACUCCGUGAGGGUGCCAACAUCAACCGCUCACUACUAGCCCUCAUCAAUGUCAUUAAUGGUCUGGCUGAUGCUAAGAGCAAAAAAACCCAUAUUCCAUACCGGAACAGCAAGCUUACACGACUGCUAAAGGAUUCUAUUGGUGGAAACUGCCGUACCAUCAUGAUUGCUGCCAUUAGUCCUUCUGCUCUUUCCUAUGAAGACACGUACAACACCCUCAAAUAUGCCAACCGUGCUAAAGAAAUCAAACUCUUACUGAAAAGUAAUGUGGUAAGCAUGGACUAUUCUCUCAGCCAGUACGCUGUUAUCUGUGAGCAGCUCAGAGCAGAGGUGGCAGACCUAAGAGGGAAGCUCCAAACGUAUGAGAAAAACAUCCCAAAUCUUAAUUCCCAUGUACUACCUAUUCUUGUUUCUUCUAGUCCUGAACAGCAGGAUGAACUUCUCAGGGUGAAGGAGGCUGCUCUGGGCUCUGGAGUCCCGAGUAAGGGGAAAUGUGAGACAAAGGAGCUCCUGCAGGCAUUGAAACAAAAUGAUGGUGCAUCUUGCACAGGAGAAAGCCACGUGGAGCAGGAACCAGGAAAAAAACCUGGAUGUUCUGGCAUGGGAUUCUCAAAUCCAGUUGAACAGCAGGAGAAGCUGAAUGUUUGGCUGCAGGGAAUGGACAAGAAACAGCUGGAGAGGCUAGCAGUAACUGUCCUUUGUGUGGCCCAAAGGCAGUACACUCUGCUGAAAGCAGCCAACCUUCUCACACCUGAUAUGACAGCUGAGUUUGAAGAGCUGGAAAGCUUGGUGCAGCAAGGGUCUUGUGAAGCCCCCAAAGUUUCCAUGGAGGAACAAGUCAGGAAACCGAACAAAGCCACUCACAUCAGCGUGGAUCAGAAUGUAGAACAGCUUGCACAUAAUGGUGUCCUCCCAGCUUCCCAUUCUAUAGCUGAGUGUACCAAUGCAGCAGGCAGUCCUGAUUCACUGGAAAUUGCCCUGAUCCCAAGUCCUAUUUUCAAGACACCUCACCUCCCAACAAAAAAGAGGAGGAAGUCAGCUGAACAUCUGAAACUAUCUGAAAAGAACACCCCAUCCAGCCCAAAGGGGCAGGCAAAACGCCGACGGAAAGCUAGCCCUUCUCCCCAGCAAGUGGGCUCCUUGAAGGAAUGGACUGCUUUUGUGGACUCCACCAGCACCCCCAUUGUGGGUAAAAAGUUUUCAAGCCCAACCAGUUGCCUUUCCUCACAGCCCUGCCCUUUGACAGUGACAAAGAAUCGGGUGCCCUUGGGCACCUCAGCAGCUCAGAAUUGCUCUACUCCAGUGCCCGCACAAGGUCUAAACACUACUUUUGACCUUGGUGAGGAUCCCUGUCUUUCAAAUACAAAGCUCAGUGCUCCUUCAUGUCCUGCGUGGGAAAGCAUUCAGCACUUCUCUCACCAUAAGGGGGCACCACUCAUACCCAGAGCUUCCAUGCCAGUGUUCACCAUGAAGGGUUCCUCCAUACCUCGGUCGUCAUCCUUGACCUCCAAAGCAUCAACACAGAAGAGGAGGCACACCACAAACUCUGCCUCCCACUCCCUGGGUGCACCACGCAGCCGCAUUGCCCGGCUAAGGGGCAGUUCUGUGAAGUCUUCACAGGUUGGGAGUGCAUCAGGACAACCCUCUGCCAAGGUUGCAUGGAAAUGGCGCUAGAAAAGCUCUGCAAUUCCUGGAGGAUCACUAUCAUCUUGGAGGUGUCUCAUGUUGGAAAUACCAUAAAGAUGUUCCUUCUAAAUCAUCGGUCCUCUUGGAACCUUCAACUCCUCUUUCCCUAUGCUAUUAUAUAUACAGUAUACUCUUUCCUUUGGAAUAACAAAUGAAUUGUCACUUUGUACUCGUAAAAGCCUUUUGUACAAACAUAUCUUGUGUACCUAGAAUUCGCAAGUGGUAGCAAUAUAUAUUUUUAAAUAAAUGGAGAACAACAUCAACAAAAAAAAAAA